UUUAUCGACCUUCUCUAGUGUAUUCACAAUCAGCCAAAGGACCUACUCGGUUGGAACCUUUCGUUUCUCUAAUGCGUCUGAUGUGUCGAUAUGUCACUUUCACAAAGAAGAUUCGAAGAGACAAUACCACUCCUUUCAAGGCCGAAUGUUACUCUCCCUCAAAGUUGCAACCUCAAGGGGCUUCUCCUGCGGAGGAUACCGAUUCUAACAUGGCUGCCUCUGUACAGUUGGGGCAAACUUCUGCAGGAUACUUUGGCAGGGUUGACAGUGGGUCUGACCGCGAUACCGCAGGGCAUCGCGUAUGCAAUAGUAGCUGGACUUCCAGCUCAGUAUGGCCUGUACAGCAGUUUCAUGGGUUGCUUCGUUUAUCUGGUCUUCGGUAGUAGCAAAGAUGUCACGGUGGGACCUACCGCGAUAAUGGCUUUAUUGGUGCAAAAGCACGUGAUGAGUCUGGGAGAAGAUCUCGCCGUACUCUUAUGCUUUCUAUCAGGCAUUGUGAUCACAAUCUUGGGAAUGCUUCAUUUGGGUUUUCUCGUAGAUUUUAUAAGUAUGCCUGUAAUUUGCGGCUUCACUAAUGCCGCAGCGAUUAUUAUCGCUACUUCUCAGUUAGGUACUUUAUUAGGUAUAAAAGGACGCAGUGAUUCCUUUGUCGAUUCCAUUUCAAAAAUUAUCGAUCAUAUACACGAAAUCCAGCUUUGGGACACAGUGUUGGGAGUGUGCUCGAUGAUAGUGUUGGUUCUCCUCAAGAAAUUGCCCGGCAAGAAGACAGGAAGUCCUUUUGAAAAAUUCAUGUGGUUAAUGUCUUUGGCGAGAAAUGCCCUAGUCGUGAUGGUUGGAAUACUUAUAGCUUAUAUACUAUUCUCUCACGAAAUCAAACCUUUCCAAAUUACGGGAAACAUAACCAAAGGUUUGCCACCGUUUGCUUUGCCUCCAUUUAUCAUCGAACACGAAAAUCGUACAUAUACGUUUGUAGAGGUAGUCGGUGAACUUGGUAGCAGUGUUAUUUCAAUACCACUCAUUGCUAUCUUGGAGAGCAUCGCUAUUGCUAAGGCCUUUGCGAAAGGGAAGACUCUUGAUGCCAAUCAAGAGAUGCUAGCACUCGGCCUUUGCAACGUAUGCGGCAGUUUUGUAAGAUCGAUGCCUACGACAGGAAGUUUCACUCGUACCGCCGUUAACAAUGCGUCCGGUGUUAAAACGCCAAUGGGUGGUAUUGUCACCGGUAGUUUGGUGCUUCUGACAUGCGGCCUGUUAACAUCUACUUUCGAAUUUAUUCCGAAAGCCACGUUAGCAGCUGUCAUCAUAAUCGCGAUGUUCUACAUGCUCGAAUUACAUACUUUCGUUACUCUUUGGAGAACAAAAAAAAUCGAUCUAGUGCCGUUGAUAGUGACGUUAUUAUGUUGCUUGGCGGUCGGUUUGGAGUACGGUAUGAUCGCCGGGAUUGCGGUAAAUCUAAUUCUCUUACUCUAUUUCGCGGCUCGGCCCGGGUUAUUGAUCGAAGAGCGGAUCGUUGAUGGCUUGACCGUGCUUUUCGUAUCGCCCAAGCAGUCCCUGAGUUUCCCAGCGGCAGAGUACCUCCGAGAGCGAGUAAUGUCGUGGUGCGACAAGAGACCGACAAGUUUACCGGUGGUAGUGGAGGGCCGUCACGUGCUGAGGAUUGAUGCCACAGUCGCGAAAAACCUGGCGCUACUCCUGUCGGAUCUCGCCGCGCGGGAUCAGAAGCUCAUUUUUUGGAAUUGGUCCGAGGACGCCAGACGGACUUUGAUAAGUUACGACCCGUUACUCGCGACCUAUUGUAGAUCGUGCGCCAGUAUAACGCAGAUAUUUUCAGAUGAAACCGUAAUUACUAAUGAGCCGAUAGAAUUACUGCCACAACAGACAUGUGUUCAUUCCGUUUACUAGGACAAAUUAUUAAAUGCUAUUUUACUAAAAUUUUUAUGUAUAACAUUAAUAUACACAUCAUG